CCCUCAAUUGAUGCAGUCGCGAUUUAACUGUCUCCGGUGUCGCACGUCGCCGCUUCCAAACAAAAGCUUUUCCGCUCUCGAGCUUUGUCUUCCUAUGAAGUGUCUAUAAUAUGUCUGCGUCUCAUACCAUAUCGUCUGAAUAAGUGUUUGUGUUUAGCUGUAAAUUGGUGACGUUUUUCUGUAGAUAGUUAAUGUUAACGGUUCCGUUGUGUAUCAAUUAGUCAUAAUAUAUGUGGUUAUAUGUUUAUUUUGAUUGACGCUAUGCUACAUACAUCUUAGUAUCGGAAUAACAGAAGCGGCUUGGCGCGGCGUUGCGGGCGGCCGCGCCAUGGGCAACAAGUGCUGCAGCCGCCGUCACGAUCCCGACAGACCUUUGGUAUAUCCAGCAUACAAAAAGAACGAGGCAGGAUUCACGGCGUGUCCAUCACUGGAGACACGUUAUACCGGCGAGCCGAACAAUCGAGCAGUAUCAAGAAGACCUGCAGAUAUCGUCAGGACAAGAAAUCCAGGAGCAUGUAUAUCAAACGGUGGACGUCGAGUGGUAAAAGCGCUAUGCGCCUACACCGCACGCGCAGAAUCCGACAUCUCAUUUCGGAAGGGCGAUCGUAUGGAAGUGCUGAGCGACGCGGAAACUGACUGGUGGAGAGUUCUCCAUCUUACAACGAGACGGGAGGGAUUGGUGCCAGCUAACUUUGUGGCGGAAGAGAGUUCUGUUGAAUGUGAAGACUGGUUUUUCCCCCACGUGUCCAGAAAAGAGGCGGACAAGCUUCUCCUAGCAGAGAUCAAUCCCCGAGGCACGUUCCUGGUGAGGCCCGCGGAGCACAACCCUCACGGCUUCAGCCUUAGCGUCAAAGACUGGGAAGAAGGCAGAGGAUACCACGUGAAGCAUUAUAAAAUCAAGCCAUUGGACAAUGGAGGAUUUUAUAUCGCGACCAAUCAAACAUUCCCCAGUCUUCCUGCUCUUGUUAUGUCUUAUACGAAGAACGCGCUAGGCCUCUGCCAUGUGCUGGCCAGGCCUUGCCCGAAACCCGAGCCCCAAAUGUGGGAUUUGGGACCGGAGUCGCGGGACAAAUGGGAGAUCCCAAGGGCCCAGAUACAGCUGAUCAAGAAGCUGGGGCAAGGGAACUUUGGCGAAGUCUACUACGGCAAGUGGUGCAAUAGUAUAGAGGUCGCCGUCAAAACACUAAGAGAAGGCACAAUGUCGAAGCAAGCGUUCCUCCAAGAAGCCGCCAUCAUGAAGAAGUUCCGUCACAAACGAUUGGUCGCACUAUACGCCGUGUGUUCCCAGCAGGAGCCCGUCUACAUCGUCCAAGAGUACAUGUGCAAGGGUUCCCUACUGGAAUUCCUCAGAAACGGCGAAGGCAAAUCCCUCCACUUCGAAGAUCUAGUCUACGUUGCCGCUCAGGUCGCCUCCGGGAUGGAGUAUCUCGAAUCCAAACUCCUCAUACACCGGGACCUGGCGGCUCGCAAUGUGCUCAUUGGAGAGAAUAACGUCGCCAAGAUAUGCGAUUUCGGUUUGGCCCGAGUGAUAGAAGACAACGAAUACUGUCCCAAACAGGGAUCGCGGUUUCCCGUCAAAUGGACCGCACCCGAAGCGAUAAUCUACGGCCGGUUCUCGAUAAAGAGCGACGUCUGGUCGUAUGGUAUACUCCUGAUGGAGCUCUUCACGUACGGCCAGAUACCAUAUCCGGGUUUGCACGGGAAGGAAGUCAUCGAGCAGGUGGAGAGGGGGUAUAGGAUGCCUAAACCAGUGGGGCACUAUUUGCCCGACGAUAUAUAUAGACUUAUGCUCCAAUGUUGGGACGCGAUACCCGAGAAGAGGCCGACAUUCGAGUUCUUGAACCAUUAUUUCGAAUCGUUCACAGUGACCAGUGAAAUACCGUACAGAGAAGUGCAGGACUAGUGUUGUGAUAUAAACCUAGCUAGUGAUGUGCUUGUGUUGGACGGUGUGUAGGGUCCUUAGCGAAUGAAUGGAUUUGCUUUAGGGGAAGUGUUGGCUGCAAAAUGUUUACGGAUUUAAACGGGUGCAAAAACAAAAUAUGUUUUACGGGAUUAAAACUCGUUUAUUGCAAUUAUUAAUUCAAAACAUAUAUAAUUGUGAAUUAGACUUGUUUUAUUCCGGUAAGUUUAUUUUAUUUUAAAAUCAAAUUCGUAUAUAGAUGUCAACGUACACACAAACUAAAGUACUAUCGGUUUCUAAAUAUGAGGCGUAAUUUCAACGUAUUGUUAGAUUUGCUUUAUCGCGUAGCUCUUACUAAAGAUAUGUUGAUCAAAUAAUGUUUGAUUUCAAUUAAUCUGUCAAAAUGUGUCAACUUGACAGCUGUUGACACUUGGAUUAUUUUUCUAUAACACUCUUUUAUAACAGAGUCGAUGACGGUAGAAAAGCACUCGAAACGUCCAUUCAUAAUUCGCGGUUAAAUUAAAAAUAAUAUUUUAUAUUUGACAAGUAAUUCGAAUUAUUGAAGUAACAAUUUUCUUUUGCAGCAACACUUAACCUAUAACGGCCAUUUUUAGUAUUUUUAUACUGAAGUGAACGAUACAGGAACGUGAGCUUCAUUAUUGGCUUUUCGUAGCGCACGCAUCGAGUCCAAAAAAAUCGCCCGACUGUUUGCUAUGACAAAUAUAUGAAAAUAAUAAACUAAAUCAGUCUUAUUACAUAUUAUUGUCACUCGUCUUUGAUAUAAAAAUAGCGCAAGUUAAUUUUUGUAUGGAAAACUUGCGCUCAGUUUAUUACUAAGACUAAAUUCUUCCUAAACUUUAGUAUGGAAACGACCCCCUAUUAUUAGUGUCAGGAUUAGUCCAAGUAUUACGUAAGCAUUUAUUUAGAGGGAAAGCCCCCUCUUCCACUUUUGAGGAAAAGUAAGCAAACCUCUCAAAAUGAAUACUUCAUAAAUUUUUCAAGCGUUAUACAGUGUGUGUAAUAUGUUAAAAAAGUAAAUAAAUACUGUUGACGUAAUCUCACCAAUUAAGAAUAUCAAAGAUCCCCCGUCCCUAUAGUGCUUACGUAAUAAUUGAACGUAAAUUAAUUAAUUAAUUAAUUUUGAGCUGUCGUAACUGAACUUGUAUUGACGUAUACGAAUGCGUACGUAAGAUAGUUUAAAUAAGACUGAUUUAGUGCUAAAGUGCUUUUUGUGAUCAGCAGAUUGAAUAGCAAUAUUAGACGAUAAUGAUAAAACAAAACACAUAUAAAUAAAACUUUUUUAUAGAGUCUAGAAGCGAAUUUAUUACAUUAUUUACCUGAAGUUUCGAGUGUUCUUAAGCAAUCGAAAGACUCACAAGCUAAAAUUUUAGUGUAUAAUGUUGCCAUUUAUCUCCUUUAAUUUUUUUAAAUAAAAACAGAUAUACCAUUAAAGAAGUUUUAUAUAAAUUAUUGUCUGCAAAAAGCAUUACCAAUCCGUGUUUUUACUUUGUUAUAUAGAUUUUUUUUAGUUUAUGUGUAAAUAAUUGUAGCAAACAGAAUGGGGCUUAUAUUUGUGCGAAACACUAUUUUCUUAUUUAUUAGUAUAGCUUAAGCACGUAGUUAUUUUGCAUCGUAAGCAAUAAAAAUAAAAAAAGCGUUGAAUUUCAUGGUUGAGAAAUCUAGUGAAGUAUAUCCUAUUGAUCCCCAACAAAUCUCUUCUAGACUGGUAUGAUUUGAUCCGAUCUUAAUUCUAUUUCAUUUUUUUUUAAAUGAUUAGUCUUGUAUACAAAAACUUGUUAAAAUUUUUAAACAAAACUAUAAAAAAUUAUAAUGAGUAUGUGUGUAGCUUCUCAACUAUGAAAUUCAUUUAAAUCUAGAUAUUUUCAUAUUCUAAAGUAUGUGAUAUUUUUAUCGCAUUGUAAAUGAUCUGAUAGGCUUCGGUGCGGUUAAGAAAACUGUUAUUUAUCUUGUAUUUGGUUCGAAAUUGUAUGCCUCUAUGUUCUCAAAUAGUUUGCAAAUUGAUCAUGUAAUAUGUCCAAGAGAAUAUUUUUAAUUUGACUCAAAGUACCGCCAAUAAUGAAUGUUUUGGCUCCACGAAAUAGAACUGAGCCUCUACUGUGACCUUUAGCAAGAUUAUAUUCAUGAAUCUAUACAAAUGUUUGGCUUCAAUUUUCAAGGUUCGCAGUUUUUGUA